GAUGUGUGUGUUUACACAACAGCAUCCAUUUCCACACUUACAAUUGAGCAGGCGGUGUGUGGCCUUGAUUAAAUGAGCUGCUAUUCCAGACGUUGCAUAUCGUAUUUGACCGGGUCGAAAGUCUAGCCACCUGCCCGGACACGACGAUGGCUGCCCUGCCUCUGGCUGAGGAGACAACUAAUGAAUCUACUGCGUUUGUUUCCAGCGCUGUGAACUGUGCCCCCACAAGGACGGCGCUCUGAAGAGGACAGAUAAUGGAGGAUGGGCCCAUGUAGUCUGUGCCCUGUACGUUCCCGAGGUGCAGUUUGCCAACGUCAUCAGCAUGGAGCCCAUCGUCCUCCAGUACGUUCCCCACGAACGUUUCAACAAGACCUGCUACCUUUGUGAAGAACAGGGGCGUGAGAGUAAGGCAGCAACGGGUGCCUGCAUGACCUGCAACCGCCAUGGCUGCCGACAGGCAUUCCACGUCACCUGCGCCCAGAUGGCCGGCCUGUUGUGUGAGGAGCAAGGCUCCGAGAUCGACAAUGUGAAGUAUUGUGGCUACUGCAAGUACCAUUUCAACAAAGUGAGCCGGAAGGAUAGGGAGAGGCCAAGGCAGAAAGUGAAGAAGGCCACAGAGUCUUUAAGCUCAGUUGUUAGUACGGUCACGCUAACAGCAGAGAAGACUUGCAUAAGUACCAGCAGCAGCAGCAGUAGCAGCCGUGCCUAUAAGUCGAGCACCGCGAGAGGGUCGGAAGAGGCCGCUGCUCCCUUCGGCAACAAACAUUUCCAGCGACCGUCGGCGCCGCUCGCGGGCGGGAAGGAGACAGCCGAGGUGGCCAGGUCAGAUGUCAAAGGGAAGAAGGCCCCCGGCCAUGGCUGCGGCCAGCGUGGACGGAAGCCUGGCGGAGCUAAGAGCACGGCAGUUGUUGCCACAGUUUCGUCGCCAAGCCUGUUUCAGCAAGGCAAUCUCCUGAGCACCUCCAGCAGUGCCGUGCAGCCUCCCCAAGAGGCCGGGCUCUUCGGCAAGACUGAGCCGCGGGGAGAGGCCUACCCUCCGGGCCGCGACCCCCCGCUGGCCCCGGCACCGUACGACGCGCCCAAGCCCGAGCCUGGCUUCUGCUCCCUGAUGCGUUUCCCCCCCGGCCCCGCACCGGCCCCGAAGAAGCCCCCCCCCGAGGGCCCGCCCGGCGACUACCGGCCCUCGGCUGGGACGGCCGGACCCGCCGGCCCCGGCUACAAGCGGCCGCAGCCCCUGGCCGAGGUGGAGGAGGAGGAGGAGGAGACGGUGAAGGAGAAGAAGCACAAAGGCGGCAAGAAGAGUCGGCACGGACGCGGGAGGCCCAAGGGCAACAAGAACAAUGUAGCCACCGGCCUGGCCACCAGCUCCCACAUAACCUCGUCGGCAAUCUGCUCCACUGGCUGCAUCACCAGCCCUGCCUUGCCGAAACUCACACCAUCCACCAGUAUGAGUGGCUCCAUCCCAAGCCUCUCCAUGGAACCAUCACACCUGGGCGCAGGUGUCUACGCGCACAAGGAGAUCCCCCUGUCGCUCAGCGGUGGUGUGCUAGGAGCCGGCUGCAGUACUCCCCUCUCCUCCAAUAUCCUCACGCAUCCUCACCGCACUUCGCACCUGAUGCACCUGAGCCGUUCCUCUCUACCUGGCUCCAUGGCUGCCACUUCCUCCAUCACCUCUUCCCAGGUAUUUUCCCUACCCGGCUCAUCGUACAGCCUGACUCCUUCCAAUGUCUUUGGAGGACCAAUAACACCAGGGUCAUCCAUCUCCUCGCUUCUGAAUCCCGUGGAAGCCAGUCAAACAGAGCCAGACAUCGAUGACAAUGAUUGCAGUUUUGUCUGCAGGGGCAGUUCUUCCAGAGGAAGUCUUUCUCCGACAUCUCCUAUCGGUGGCUUGUCCAUGCUCUACGAUCAGACGAUACCCGGUCAGCUGGAGAAUGUACCACAGACAACGUCCAACAUCGAGGAGUUGCUGGACAAACACUGGAGUGGUGAAGGGGGCAUUGACAUUGUGGACAUGUUGAAGUCGCUGCACCUGCUACAGCUGGAUAACCGCAGGCUGCAGGAGCAAAUCAUGAGCCUCUCGGCCAAGAAGGAACGCCUUCAGCUGCUCAAUGUCCAGCUCUCCGUCCCCUUCGCCGGUAUCACCUCCACCAACGGGCCAUCCUCCCAGCUGCAUUUGAUCGCCUCCCAGAACGCCUGCGGCUCUGAGCUGCUGAAUAGCAGUAAGAGCCCCCAUUCCAGGAGCAGCUUCAUUACUGAGAACUCCCUCUCUGCAUCAUCAGAGGAUCUCCGUUCUGGAUGCCACAGCCGGAGUAGUUCGUCCUCGUCGCUCCAGAGCACUCCUCCUCCCGCCCUCCCACUCCUGCAGCAGAGUCCCGUCUCCCUCCAGCUCCCGGGAAUGGCCGGAGUCUCGCAGCCGGUCAACGGGCUGGGCAGGACCUGCGCCGGAGGUCUGGGCGGCAUCUCCACCAAGACCACCACCUUCUCCACCACUUCAUCAUCGGUGGCUGGGAUGAUGGGCUGCCCUCUGGCUCCCCAGUUGGCCAGCAAUGGUAUUGUCGGUCCUCUGAAUGGUGUGGACCAGCUGCCUGCACCUGUGGCUCCACUCCAUAACUCCCUCGCUCAUCCACCAGCUUCCCAUAGUGUUCCAACGUCAACUAGUCACUGUAACAGCGGCAGCGUCUCUGGAAUGGGCCAAAUAUCUGACCAGCAAAGACAGUUUGUGUACCAGCAGCAACAGCAGCAGCUCCAACAGCUGCUGACGUCGCAACAGUUGAGUCCGGAACAGCAGGCGUUAGUUUAUCAGAUGAUGCAACAGCAACAGCAUCGCCAGCGGGAGCUGCAGCGGCUGCAGAUGUCCGGCAUGUCUCAACUGGCCGGCAACACCCUGGCCCAAGGAUCUCCUUCCCUGCCUGUCCACUCCGACCCAAACUCUUUCCUCUCCAUCCACACCGACAACAAUGCACAGAAGGCUCAGAGGCUGAACGAUAAAGUCAACCAAGAGAAGAGCUGACGACAUCGGGCCGAAUGCUUUUGGACGUUGCUGUUCACUUUACCUGAAGUCAGAGGUCGUGGGUCAAGAGUUCGACAGGCCGGGAUAUCUGCUGCCGUGUGACCGACCCCUUGCACAGGAAGGGCACAGGAUAGCCUGAAACAAGUUGCACAAAGGGACUGGUCGCAUCCUCUCAGGAAAACGCGUGCAGUGUUUUUUUUUGUUGUUUUUUUUUUAACGGGAGGUUGGCCCUGAGUCGUCUACCGAGAAGGCUCCGGCCGUCACGGCCCACGGCGAGAGGCAGCCUUUUUGCACAGUCACGAACCAUUGGAAUCACGGCUGCAUGAAACUCUGUGUCCCGGCCAUCGCGGAACGGGGGGAUCGCGGGUCAUUGCUGCUGCGUAGAACAUUCAAAAAAGGUGCAAUCUCGAGAGGACGAGGGGGAUAGACUUUCCAAGAUGCUGCUCGGCUGCCUGGGCGUACGUCUGGCGAUAUCUGCGGCGCCCUAAGCGACCAGCCUUUCCCUUACGGGGAUCCUCUGUGACAAAUAUUGCAACUUCUACCCUUUCGUGCGUGCGCGUGUGUGUGUACAAGCGCUGGCGGAGACUUGUCUUUCUCAUUUGUCAGACGAGUGCGUUAGCGGGGACGAAUGUUCUCCGUCUGUGUGUGUGUGUGUGUGUGCGUGCGUUAAAGACGUGAUACGGUGGUGAGUGCCCCAUUGAGCUUUGGUUUCCUUGAUUCAAUGGAACCAAAUUUUGGAAGCGCAAACACUACUGAGUCAUCCCCCUCCCUCCCCCAGUCUAUCGUCACUGACUUGGACAAAGCUGUGAGAUGGCGGUUGGGUCUGUUGGCGAGAUAUGGCUGACCCACCCUUGGACUGAGAACCCUUCCACUCCAGGCCAUCCAAGUCUUGCUCAAGCAACCCAGGCCAGGAAUCCUUGAGGAUGUGAUUGGUAUUCCGAAGGUGGACUAUACCAGAUCUCCCAUCCGGGAUUUAGCGGCAAGCAAAACUGUUGCAUAGGAGAGAACUUUUUUUUUUGGUAAUACUUGUAUUCACUCGUGAGUUGUUGAUGUGAGCCAGAUUUUUCACCCCAUCUCCAGCUACGGUGAUGACAUCGGGGGUGGGGGGGGGGGGGGGGAGGCAGUUACUCAAACGCCCAGUCGCCACAAGGUGAAAUCACCUUCCACUUGUACGGCCCCCAGGAUUCUGACCCAGUUAUGCUCCAAUUCAUAGCUUGCAAUAUUAAUGGGUCUUACAAUUAAGAAGGGGAAGCAGGUGUGAGAAUGAGACGGUUUUUAUUUAACAGGAAUCAAGCAUGGUGUCCCUGCCGACCACAGACUAAAAGCAUUGCGGACUUUGAAAGCAAACCUGGAAGCGCUGAGCUUGAGUGUAACAGAGAGGCUCAUGUGAUAGGAGCAGAAUUAGGCUAUUCGGCCCGUCAAGUCUACUCCGCUAUUCAAUCGUGGCUGAUCUAUCUCUCCCUCUCAACCUCAUUCUCCUGCCUU